ACCAGGAGCCGGAACGCCCCGUUGUCGUCCCCCCCCGGGCCACGUCUGCUCGUCUCCCGUCCCCUGCCAGCCAUGGGGGGGCCCCGGCGGCGUGGCAGGGGCACAAGAGGGGCUUGGGCUGCGGGCAGGAGACCCCGGCUGCUCCCAGGAUCCGGCCGGCCGGGCACGGCGCUGAGCACCACAUGAGCGCAUGGCCAGCGAGGCGAGGAUGGGGGAGGCCGUGCCGCGCUGGAGGAGAGCCCCAGAGGCAGCGCAGGACCCCCGGGGGCUGGAGAGCAGCGGGGUGCCGGGGGUCCUACCCCGGAGCACGGCCACCGACCCGGUCCUGGGGAGCUACCAGGAGCCCCCCAAGCUGAGCUACAGCCCCGGGCUGGCCACAGACAAGAGCUGCCUUUGGAGGGGCUCCGAGGGCUGCGUGGAGCCGGCCAGCCUCCCGCUGGGCUGCCCCUACCCGCCGGCCCCGCAGCGCCUGCGGGACGCCCUGUGCCUCCCCAAGGACUCCGCCGAGCUGCCGCUGCUGCUGGCGCCCAGGAACGGGCAGCCCAAGGAGCCCCCGCGGUGGGCUGAAGCCGUGCUGGCCCCCCUGGCUCUCUACAGCCACGCGUACCACCGCUACCCCCUGCCCUUCCCGGCCACGGACACCCAGCGCCCCGGCAAGCCCCGCGGGGACGGGGACCCCCCGGCUUUCCGCAGCUGCCCCUUCCUGGUGGAGGCCAAGCACAGCCCCUUCCUUCUGUCCUCGCUGCUCCCCCCCGGCCCCCCAACAGAGUCCGGAUUUGGUGGCGGGGGGCCGGAGGGUCCCAUGGGCGACGGGCGCUUUGCCGGCACCGAUUGGCGCCUGGGUCCCUUCGUGCCGGCCUGGGGGGCGCAGCCCCUCUACCUGGGGGUCCUGCCGAGGUGCAAGGCGGCUCCGGGCGCCUUCGAUGAGAGCUGCAGCUCGGGGAGCAAGGAGUUUUACCUGAAGAAGGAGCCCGGCUUCCACCUCCAGGCCGAGGACCACGAGCAGCCGCCGGGCGAGGGGGAGCCAGGGCACGGCGGAGAUGGGGAGGGGGCCACGGGGGUCCCGGAGAUGCCGGGUGCCCCGUGGAGGGAUAGCAGAGGAGGGGGCAUCCCAUCAGCACUCCCUCCUCAUCCUCACACCCCCCCGCUCAGCACCGCGCCCCCCCUGCUCCUCCCACAGCCCAGUGUGGCCGCGGGGGGGUCCUGGGUGGGCGCACGGCCCCACGCCCCUCAUUUCGCCCCGUGCAAACCCAAAGACGAGCGCCCGGCGUACCAAAGCCUCCACCCCGGCUCGCCGCCGGCACCGGGGGGAGAGGACCCCCGGGUGGACAGGCAUUACCCCACGGCCCUCCCGUGCCCGCCCCGGGGGGGCUGCGGGGCGCUGAGCCCCUUCGAUGCGCCGGGGCCGGAUGGUGACAGCACCCCGGGGGGCACCGGGGGCCGGUUUCCCUGCCCGCCCAGCAUCCACACCAAGCUGAAGAAGACGUGGCUGACGCGGCACUCGGAGCAGUCGGUGCCAAGGUGCAAAGGGGGCCGGAGGGACGGCCCCGAGGGAGCUGGCGAGGGCAAGCGCUCGGCCAAACGCCCCCACGGCACCGCCGACGGGCACCGCGGAGCCCCCGAAGGGGCCGGCGCGGCCAAACGGGGAGCCAAGGCCACCGAGCGCCCGGGUGGCACCGAGCACCUGGGUGGCACCGGGAGCGGAGGGGUCCUGGCGGAGAGGAUGGAGCUGGGAGAGGGAGGUCCCCCAGUCUGUGCCGGCCGGGCUGGCCCGGAGCCGUGGUGCCUGCAGAGCGUGCCCUGCACCGCCCUGCCCAAGAGCAUCCCGCGGUGCUGCGCCUGCGCUGCCCGGGCUGCGGGGAGCCCUGGGGAUGAAGAUGAGGACGAGGAGCUCCCGGAGAGCACCUGCAGGCUGCUGCACUUCCGCAGGCUGGCCUUUGGGGACGGUGGCGAGCUGAGCGUCGACGGCUUCUGCACCCUGGAAGAGGCGGAGGGGGAGAUGGCGGGGCUGGAGGCGGCGGAGGGCUGGGGCAGGAGCAGCAGCAGCAGCCUGUGCCUGGCCAAGUACCUGCUGUCGGUGCUGGGGGGCCCCUUCUGCGCCGCCGUCCGCGGGGACAGGGACGCGUGGCUGGGGGCCCGCGGCCAUCCCGGGGGGCCGACGGCUUGGAGGCGAGGGGAAGGAGCCCCCCAGCUGUGCGACGCCUGCCAGCGCCGCUUCUUCAACGCGCACUGGAGCUGCGCCACGUGCGGCUUCCAGCUGUGCCCCGGGUGCCACCGCGGCCGGCAGCGGGAGGACACCGGGCACGGGGACCCGGCACGGCCGCAGCGCUGCGCCCCGGGGCAGGACCACGACCCGGCGGCCCUUGUCCCCACGCAGUUCGUCCCCACUCGUGUGCUGGCCCGGCUCUGGCAGCUGCUGCACGAGGUGCGUGCCAAGUUCGACGUCAAGUGGCACUGUCCCUGCGGGGACGGGGACACCGAGCAGGGGCCGGUGGAGCCCCCCGGGGGCAGGCAGGACAAGAUGGGGAGCGUGGCCCCCCCCUUCCUGCCCAGCACCAACGGCGAAACCACGGCCAGAGCCAUCAAGGAAGAGAGCCCCGAGGGGGGGCCGCCGUCGCCGCCGGUGCCCCCGCCGCCCCCCCGGGGGGCCGUGCAGACAGCCACCCUCUGCGACCUCCUCGCCUCCACCGCCGUCAAGCUGUGCCUGGGGCACAACGGGGUGCGCAUGGCCUUCGCCCCCGUCGCGCCCCCUUUGCCCAGCGACAAUCGGCUGACCAGCAUCCUGGACAGCAUCAUCGCCCGCGUGGUGGAGAGGAAGAUCCAGGAGAGGCACGAGGGCUGCGAGCUAGCUGCCCCAUCCCCCCCCGGCCCCCCUGGGACCCCCGGGACCCCCGCUUCCCACUGCCUCCUGGCCCCGGGGGGGCUGCUGUGGGUGCAGGGCCCCCGCCCCGUCCCCACCUCCCGGCUCUUCCAGGAGCCCUGGCGGCAGGGCCAGCCCAUCCUGGUUUCAGGGCUGGAGAAGAGGCUGGACGGGAGGCUGUGG